AUGUGGCCACCACGACUCCAACCACCGUUCCGCACAGCUGUUGACUGCGCCAUGCUACACCUCGCUGCACUGCUGGCGAUUAUCUUGCUAGCCGCCUGCUACCACAGGCCCGUCCACUGCCUUCACCUGGAUGUAGAAAAAGUGAACCACUUAGUGUUAGAUAAUACGAAGAUCGAUGAAAGAAAUUUGCAUAAUUUUCUCGCGGAACACGAACAAAUGCUGCUGUUUGGCGACCGUACGGCCGAUGAUUUCAAGAUAGUUCAUGUACGCCAACGAAAACGCCAAAGCAGGUCAGCGUCGGGUGGGGGAUUUGUGCGGUUCAACAUGAGCGACAGUGCCGGUGGUAAGCGGUCCCCAGGCGGGCAUGGCGUGGUGCCUUUGCUAAAGUACUGAACACUUUCCAUUGCAGAUGAUAGCUUUUCGCUGCGACUGCAAAAGUCCGACAUUCUGAUCGAUGAAUCGUUUGCCUUCAUUGAGAGCUUCGAUAAUGCGACGCAACUGUUGGACGAUUCGUACGAUCGAGUCCAGCGGUAUAAGGAUUGCUUCUAUCGGAACGAGCGGGCGGCGUUCGAUCUGUGCGAAGGCAACAUCCGGGGUUUGAUACGUUCGAACGCGUCCGAUUUGGUGAUCCAUCCACUACCGGAACGGUUCGGUAGCGGGGCGCACGUCGUGCUGACCCGCAAUAAGUCGCGGGACUCUUCCGGGGCGGGCCAAUCUAGCGACCAUUCACGUACCAUGUUCGAGCCAGACAUCACCGAAAGGGAACGCAGGCUACCCGGUGGCUUGAUGGAGCGUCCGAGACCACGCCGACACAUUACGGGCCACAGCGUUAAGGUGCCGGAUGUGUUGCACAUUGAGACUGCAAUAUUUAUAGAUAAGGACCUGUACCGGCACAUGUCGAAGAACUAUCCGAAAAACACCGAAGCCCACCUGAUCCGGUUCGUGCUAGCGAUGAUAAAUGGCGUGCAGCUGCUGUACAACCAUCCAUCGUUGGGCCACCCGAUCAACUUUAUCCUGAAACGGUUGGAGAUACUGCACAACGACCCCAAGGAUCUGCGCCGAUCAAGCGACAUUGAUAUCUAUCUGAAUAGUUUCUGCGGUUGGCAGCGAAAGCUCAACCCAAUUUCCGAUGCCGACCCGGUUCACUUCGAUCACGCGGUUAUCCUUACCGGGCUGGAUCUGUUCGUGGUCAGCAAGAACGGGAAGGUGAGCAACCAGGUCGUUGGGCUAGCGCCGGUCGCUGGCAUGUGCACGAUCACUUCCAGUUGCACCAUCAACGAGGGGAAACACUUUGAAAGUGUGUUCGUGGUGUCGCACGAGAUUGGACACAACUUGGGUAUGCGUCAUGAUACGUCGGAUAAUAACUGUGAUCCCAGCUUGUACAUCAUGUCACCGACUUUGGGCAGUGGGAAAAUUACCUGGUCCUCGUGCAGCCGUAACUACCUGAACACCUUUCUCAAAACGUCACAAGCGACAUGUCUAUUUGAUCGAGGACACUACGGAUCGUCACUGGAUCACACCGGUGAAGGCAAGCUACCCGGGGAGCGAUUCGAUGCUGACCAACAGUGCCUGCUGAAGUACGGCAAGGACAGUACCAGAUCAAAGUCCCAGGACCUAACCGACAUUUGCCGCGAUCUGCACUGUCAGCGAGAUCGCUACACUUGGACGUCGCACCCGGCACUGGAGGGCACGAGCUGCGGGAAGUUGAUGUGGUGUAGAAGCGGUGUUUGUGCCUCAAAAAUUCCCGGUCUGACAAUACAAUCGACCGGGAAGCAUAUAACCGCUUUUAAAACAAUCGAUAAGAAAACCUUCAUCGAAGGGUUAAAGUUCGCCAGCUUACGGCAGGACAUUUCGAGAACGUUGAACACAAUCCCGACCUGGGACAGCUGGAGCGAACCAACCGAGUGUGUUUCGGGAUGUCUGUACGGCGAGUCGGGUAGAUUGAAGGAGGGCAGUACGGGUUUACGGCAAUUUUCCAGGAAAUGUCUUGACAAACGUAAAAAUUGUUCUGGAUUUACUCGAAAGUAUGAAGCGUGCAUCGCCAAGCAGUGUUACAAUAUUGCUCGUACGACGAUUCUGGAAUUUUCCAACCAAAUUUGUGGCCGUGCGAAGGAGUUUGAUGCCGACAUCAUCGGAUUCGGGCUGCAGAAGGUUGCCGAAGACCCGGAGGACUCGUGCAAGGUGUUCUGCGAGACCAAGUCUGGUGUACCGAAGACGAAAAGUUGGAUCUACCCUGACGGUACGGCGUGCAAGGUACGGAACGGGGACUUUGACGAUGCGUACUAUUGUGUGAGCGGACGAUGCGAACGAUUUAGCUGCAACAAUACCUCCAAUAAUUACUACCGCCUUGAGGCAACCGUAUGUACCGAGUCUUACCAGUACGGCGAGCGUAACGGCAAUAGCAUACAUCAGGAGAACGGACGGGACUAUAAGAGUUUGCCGUUGAACCAUCCAAAUCAACCGAGCAGCCAGAAUGAUCGCAGGGUGGAAAGCUCAACACAAAACUCGGAGGUGAACAACUUUACGGCACAUAAACCGCACCCGGAAACGAAUCGUUUCAAGGAAAAAGCGGACAUUUUCGGCCGUUGGCAAGAGCGUCAUUCCGAGUUCAACAAGUUGUCCGAGCUUCAAGGGCGUAAGCACAGCUGGGAGGUGAAAUCGGGAUGUCACUUCAGCUGCAUGGAGCUAGGAAAGGGCGUGCAAAUAGUUUCCUCAUCGGUGGGAACCAACACAAACAUUCAACUUUGCACCGCCAAUACGAUAGCAUGUGAUAAGGUGAUGUCGACGUACGAUUUUGCAACGCAACUUUGCAAACGAUAUCAGCAGAAGGUGACCGGUUUGUCCGGGAUAGGCAUGCAAAUUGCACCGAGCAUCGAAGAUCCGGAUAGGAGCUGCCGGGUCGCGUGCCAGGAUACGUUUAUACGGCACCGUUUCUAUCUGGUGAAUGGAGAGCAAGGGCACUUUCCCUUCGGGACGCGGUGCAACCACAACGAGCCGAACCGUUAUUGUAUCAAUGGCAAAUGUCUGCAUUUCGGCAACGACGGCAUACCCGUCAACGAUUCUUACAAUACUCUACCGAACAUGCGGAUUAAAAGGGCCCUCGAAACGAGGCGAAGCAAAAGGCACUUUGAGUACUUUGAACCGAUCAACAUUACAGAGCACAUCAGUCAAGAAUUUCUAGAUAGUCUGAUAGCGAGCAUCAACUUUUCAAGAGAACGCAGUGAAAACAAUAUCAUUUUAGAGGAGCACAUCGAUUUGAGGAAUCCCGUUUAUAUCGACCCUUAAGCAAAAAGCCGUAGAGCUUCUUCUGCGUGAUACCGAAACAUACUGGCAUGCAGCAAUAGUUGCAUGCAUGGAACUGGUUAUUUAUUAAUGAUCCUUUUGUAAUGUAUUUAUACUUUUAUAAAUGGUCCCAAAAACAUUUUGGGGCCAUAUGCGUUUCAAUAAAUGUAAGGCAGUACACAUUUCCAACUG